AAAGUGAAUGGCGGAGGAUUGGAAGUGUGACAUUCAGAGGCGGCGGAGGAAAGCUCCUCGCCCCCUCCCUGUCUCGGAGGAGGGGGGUGGCGGCGGUGCCGGGGUGCUGCGUGGCUCCGCGCCCCGCUAACUGUGUGCGUGUCUGUCUCUCUCCAUGCCGGGGGAUCGCUCUUAAAAUACGCCCGAUACAAUGCACCAGCCUGACUCAGCCGCAGACAUUAGUGCUAGGAAGAUGGCGCACCCGGCAAUGUUUCCUAGAAGGGGCAGCAGCAGUAGCAGCGGCAGCAGCUGCGUUACUGCUCCCACUGCACCAGGUACCGGCGUUGGGAGCGCUGCCCUCUCCGCCGAGGAUUACCAGCCGCCCCUGCUGGUCCAGCCGCCGCCUCCAUCUCCUGCAGCAUCCUCAUCGGCGGGCCCGCAGCCCGACCCCCCUCCUCCACAAAGCCUGAACCUCCUCUCGCAGUCUCAGCUCCAGCCGCAGCCUCUCGCGCAGACCGGAGCUCAGAUGAAAAAGAAAAGUGGCUUCCAGAUUACCAGCGUGACCCCCGCUCAAAUAUCUGCCAGUAUGAGCUCUAAUAACAGCAUAGCUGAAGAUACGGAAAGCUACGAUGACCUGGAUGAGUCUCACACGGAAGACCUGUCUUCUUCAGAAAUCUUGGAUGUUUCUUUAUCCAGGGCCACUGACUUGGGUGAACCUGAGAGAAGCUCUUCUGAAGAGACUUUAAAUAACUUCCAAGAGGCAGAGACUCCCGGGGCCGUUUCUCCAAACCAGCCUCAUCUUCCUCAGCAGCACCCUUCUCUGCCUCAUCAUCCGCAGCAGAGCGUUGUGAUCAACGGAAGCGUUCACCCCCAUCACGUCCAUCACCACCAUCAUCUUCACCACCACCAUCAUGGACACCAUCACCCAUCGCAUCCUGGGGUGGGCAGCGCCCCAGUUUCUGGAGGACCACCACCCAGCCCAUCGUUUAGAAAGCUAUCGACAACUGGAAGCUCUGACAAUGUUAUAUCAGCUGCACCAGGUUCUGCUGCAUCAUCCACCGGUCCCCCUGCAUCUGUCGUGUCUAAUAUCCGCACUACGAGUACUCCUGGCAGUCUAGGUGUAAGUUCUGCUACUGGAACUAGUACCUUGAAUAAUAUGGGCGGAGGUAGUUCUAGUGUGGCAAGCAGUGUGCUUGGUACUAUGAAUUUAAGCAACAUCACAAGUACUGGUAAUGUAAAUGCUUUGUCUGGAACUAGUGGCAAUGUUAAUGUGAAUAUCUUGAGUGGUGUUGGCAAUGGUACGAGUGCUUCCUCUAGUGUCGUUAACAAUGUUACUAAUCCGAGUGCAGGAGUGGCCGCGGGAUCCAGCCAGCAGCAGCCCGCAUCUGGCACUUCAAGGUUUAGAGUUGUAAAAUUAGAUUCUAGUUCUGAACCUUUCAAAAAAGGUAGAUGGACAUGCACUGAGUUCUAUGAUAAAGAAAACACUGUUGCAGCUUCGGAAGGAGUAGCAGUAAACAAAGCAGUAGAGACGAUAAAACAAAACCCGCUUGAAGCGACUUCUGAAAGGGAGAGCACCAGUGGGAGUUCUGUUAGCAGCAAUGUAAGCACACUGAGUCACUAUACAGAAAGUGUGGGAAGUGGAGAAAUGGGAGCACCUACUGUGGUACAGCAGCAAGCCUUUCAAGGUGUGGGUCCUCAGCAGAUGGAUUUUAGCAGCGCUGCUCCUCCAGCAAUUCCAGCAUCUAGUAUACCACAGAGUGUUUCCCAAUCACAGCUUGCACAAGUCCAGCUGCAUUCUCAAGAGAUAAACUAUCCGCAGCAGAAGCCAGGGGUCCAACCUCCUGCACAGGCCAGUCUAACCACUGUUACUGGGGUUCAGCCAGCCCCAGUUAAUCUACUAGGUGUAUCCCCAGCUCUGGGCCACCAGCAGCCUGCCAUUCAAAGUAUGGCUCAACAGCAGUUACCUUAUUCUCAGCCGGCGCAGCCUGUGCAGACUCUGCCAGUUGUACAACAGCAACAGUUGCAGUACGGACAGCAGCAGCAGCAGCAGCAAGCGGUUCCUACACAGAUGGCCACAGGUCACGUUAAGUCGGUGAACCAAAACACUGUUACAGGGGCCGUGCCAGAGUAUAUUCAGCAUCAGCAGAUCCUUCAGCCCCCGGCACCUGCUAUGCAGCCCAGUCCUGCAGGAGUAGGGGCAGGGCCGCCGGUUCCUGUUGCCCAGGUCCCGAGCAUGCAGCCUGCAGUCCCAGCGCACCCAGCCACUGCCCCGGCUCAGCCUGCUGCGCACGCCCCGGCAGCGAUACCAGGUGUGGGUACCAGUGGGCAGAUGCUGAGCGUUGGGCAGCAAGCAAACGUGGCCACUGUGGUGCAACCAGCACCUGCUGCAAGCCAAAUUCCACCUCCAGUUAUGCCAUCAACCGCUGCUCCUCCAUCUUCGCAAGUGGUGCAGCCUGUGCAGACAGGAAUAAUGCAGCAGGGAUUACAGGCUAGCGCUUCAGGCCUUCCUCAGCAAAUGGUUAUUGCUCAGCAAAACACUUUGUUACCUGUACAGCCGCAGGCACAAGCGGUGGAGUCAGUGGUGCAAGGAAUGACUGGCCAGCAGCUGCCUGCAGUUAGCCCCAUACCUUCUGCUAGUACUGUUCCUGCACCGAGUCAAGCUGGUUCGGCUGUGCCCCCUGGCAUACCUUCUGCUUCUAUAGGUUUGGGACAGCCACAGAGCAUAGCCCAAGCUUCAGCUGUGCAGAAUGGGAAUCUGGCUCAGAGCGUUAGUCAGCCUCCUUUGGUAUCAACAAGUAUAGGUAUGCCGGUGGCACCCAGCGUGCCGCAGCAGAUACCGCUGAGCUCUACCCAGUUCCCAGCACAAUCACUAGGCCAGCCAGUUGUAAGCCAAAUGGAAGAUGGCAGGCGCCCUACAGAACCUUCCCUCGUUGGUUUACCUCAAGCUGCCAGCGGGGAGAGCGGCGUUGGAGCGUCGGCCAUCGGUGAUGGCAGUAGCAGUAACGUGCCAGCCUCGGCCUCCCUCUUCCCACUGAAGGUGCUGCCCCUGGCGACGCCCCUCGUAGAUGGGGAAGAUGAGAGGUAAGGCCACCUGUAACUUUAUUUCAGUGAUGCACAGUUGGAUGUGCACUAACUUGCAGCUCUCCUUACAGCUGUUCUGUGAGAUGGAGCGGUGCAAUGAUUUUGUCUAACUAGAAAUGGUGUUUGUCAGGUCCCUGCGUUUGCAGGUAUCCUGUGAAAAUGCUUGUAUUUCUCAUGAGGGGGUGGGUUGUAUUGAUUAUGUUCUGAAACUACUGCGUGGGUAAAUUGUGUUUAACAAUCUGUGACAGUGUGUAUAUUCCCAUUGUAUAGAGGAAGACAAAAGAACACCAUGGAACGUGGGUAUGCUGGUGGU